AGCCCACAAGUUCACUUCACGCCAGCGCUGGCAUGGCCACGGAUAUGGAGGCCGCCAAAGGACAACAUGCUGCCAAGAAUGCAGCGCUGACUCUGAUUCGAGGCAAGUCGGCUCGCGUGGAGAACCCUACGGAAAGGCAGGCACAACAGGCUGCUGCCUGGGUCGAGGAGACGCGUCAUAACUGGAGACGGAACUUCGCCCGGCGACAUGAGCCCUUGAACCAACCGGAAGGGCUCAAUCCUUUGGAUGUCUCCCACACCAGGUGGCUUUGCCCCACCGCGCGUGUCGACCGAAAGGAGUUUCAUGGAAUCAGGAACGCGCGGAUGCAAGAGCACUGGGCUGUGGAAGCACGGCAGCGCUGGCAUGAGAAGAACCCCAAGCCCACGUGGCGUGAGCAAGCCGUGGAUUUGACCCUGGUUGCGUGAUGGCUUGACAUAUAGAUUGGCUGAUGCCCUCGCUGGUGCGACACGAUGCAGGGUGAAGGUCUUGAUAGGACAAACCGAUCCAUGAAAGCCUGGAGUCUGGACAUGGGCAGCUUGGUUCAUUGUGUAGGGUCAAAGAACCAUCGUGGCCUUCCAAGCACAAAUCUUGCCAUCAGCCUAUGCCUGCAAAUAGUGUGCCCUGAGCAAAACCGCGCCUCGCCUCAAAGAGGGGGCAUCCGGUUUUGCGGCACGGUUUUCCAGCGAAGGGCGAGAGGGGCCCUCUUACAAUGACAUGCUGGACCCAAAGUUUAGAUCUAGUCCCUGGUACGAAUGUCAUUUCUUACACCCUCUUUCCAACAAUCGUGGAAGUGGGCCGGUGGGUCUGGAAGACACCUCUGGAAAUGGCCCCUUCUCCACCUCCAUGAUUGCUGAAAAAAGG